UGGGGCUGCGUGGCCUAAAACACUUUCCAGCGCUUUUCACUUAAAAAUAACUAGUGAAAUAAAAGGAGGGAAUUAUUCGAAUUACUAUUGUCAUUACUGCUUUCGUCUUCACUACUUUUCGAAUUAAACUGUAUUGAGUUGUACCGUUAACUGUAUCGCUAGUUUCAUAAUAAAAAAAACAUACUUCAAAGCUUACACACAACUCAAAUGUCAAUAUUUCGGAUCUCAUGUUUUCUACUGAUCGUGAUCAUGGCAAUAUGUACAUUGAUUACUGGAUUAGCCUUGGCACCAUUUUGGCAAAACUCUUCAACAAAUGGCGAAAAAAUUCAAUUGUCAUUCUGUAUAAUCUCAGUUAUUUUACUUGGAUCAGCUGGUCUUCUUACCUUUGUCUCUAUUAUUUGUGGAGUAUCUAGAACAAGAAAAUUAAUUGUUCUCUCGCUGGUAUUACUCAUAUUAGCUGUUGGUUUUCUGUGUUCAUCUAACGUGUUAAUGCUUAUUGGUGGGACGGAUUUUUACAAGUGCUGGAUAUUCGCUUCACUAUGGAUAACUGCUGCGUGUAUACCAUUUGCACUGGGCAGUAUUUAUACAUCACCCAUUCAAUUGGAACGUCUAUAA